AUGUUGUCAAGAUCAUUGCUGCAAGGCGCACGCAUACCUAUAGCUCCAAGAGCUUUCCUCAGAUAUGCGUCCACAACUGAGAUUGUUACCGAGAAGAAGGAUACUAGUCUUGGACUAGGUACCAAAUCAAGAAAGAAGAAACAACAACGUCCGACUAUAAAUAAAGUUGGGGUUCCUCACGAUCCUUACAUUCCUGUGAGCUACAAUCACUUGAAACUUUCCCAACCGGGUAAGGUUUUGCGUGCAUUGUGGAACAGGGUCAAACUAUUUGCUUUUAACUGGGUUCAGGUUUAUCAAUUUAAAAGCGGCAUGGGUAAAGGCUAUAAGCCACAGUUUGUUGCAUGGAAGAAUAAAGCAAUUACAGAAUUUGUUAGAGUCAAUAAAGCAUUUUCUGAGCGUAGAAUUGAGUCUAUCCGUGACGAAGUGUCGGAGUUUGUUUACUUCCAACUUGGUAAAAGACAGGCGGCAUUACCAAACGCAUUGAUUGAAUGGGAAUUAGUUAAAUUUAACUCCCCUCCAAAGCUAUUAUCAUUUAAUGCAUUUCCUCAUGAAGACGGUUCUACCUUGUUAUGUCAAAUUAUAUAUAAAUUUGAUACUAAACAGAAGUGGAUUGUUAAAAAAAGAGGUGAAGACAAAAUUACUGAAACUGAAAGAGAUAUGGUUGAGUAUCUUGCAUUUAACAUUGAUCCAUACAAUGAUAACGUCUGUUUGGCGGGCUCUGUUUUUGAAGCACCUUUAGAUAGAAAAUUAGAGUCUAAGGUUGUUGCUUCCCAAACAAAGGCAUUAGAGUAUAUGAACAUCAAUGGUGAUAUCUACAGAACUGAACCUACUGACGAGGAAAAGAUGCUUCAAUAUAAGGACUAA